AUGGGGACAUCAGCCGCGGCUUUAUCAUCUUCGGAUGAUGAAGAGUCGGUGCUGAGUUUGGCGGCGCGGUUAAAGAUCAUCAAAGGCGUGGCGGCGGGACUUCUCUACCUCCACCAAGAUUGGGAGCAGGUCGUCAUCCACAGGGACAUCAAGGCCAGCAACGUGCUGCUCGACGAGGAAUUCAACGCGAGGUUGGGAGAUUUCGGGCUUGCAAGAUUGUACGAUCAUGGCGCUGAUCUGACAUCCACCAACGUGGUUGGCACCAUGGGGUACCUCGCGCCGGAGCUCGCUCGGACCGGAAAGCCCUCGACCGCGGCCGACGUCUUUGCGUUCGGUACGUUCGUGCUGGAGGUCGUCUGUGGCCGGCGGCCGGUGAGCUCCUCGACGGAGGAGCAGGUGGUUCUGGUGGAUUGGGUUGUGGAGAACUGGCGAACGGGGUCGAUUACGUCGACAAGGGACGCGAGGAUGGGGGUGGAGGAGUACGAGGCCGAGGAGGUGGAGUUGGCGCUGAAGGUCGGGCUUCUGUGCUCGCACCCGUUGCCGGCGGCCAGGCCGAGCAUAAGGCAGACGAUGCGGUAUCUGGAAGGUGAGGAGCCGCUGCCGGAUCUAUCACCGACGUACAUGAGCUUCAGUGUUCUUGCGAUGCUUCAUAAUGACGACUUCUUUUGCCCAUCUCUGUUUAACCUUCUGCUGGCAAUUCAUCCUCCUCUUGUCGCCCGCAAGGGACCUACAAUUGGUAUCAAAGCAAGAUUGCCUCAGAAGAAUAAACCGCCAACUGAAGCAAAGAUGAUGGUCGGAACAAUCAUCCACCUGCCAAAGUUCGAGAGAGACUUCGCUUACUAG